AUGGGUGCACCAAACGCGGCGGCAGGUCCUCCAAAGCAGCAGGUCGGUGUACCCCGGGCGCCUCAGGAAGCCGCGCCCCACAUUCUUUCCCAGCGCUCCAAAAUCUUUGCCCCCACGGAAUGCCCUUCCCCAAGUCUGGGUCUACGCUUUGUGCCGUUCGGGGAACGGAGACCGGGGAAGGCCGCGGAGCUCAGCCCCUGGCCCGGGUCCCGCUGUGCUAGGAGCCUCGUUGUCCCCGGUUUGUUUUCCGGGCGUCUGGGAUACGCGGCGGCCCCGCCCGCGGGCCACCUAGUGCCACCCGGCUGGACCGCGAGAGGCCCUGACGGCGCCCCCGCCUACUCCAUCCAGGGUCGCCUGCGACACUCGGCGCCCUUCUGCACUCCUGGACCCGGCAGAUACUUCCCGGAACGCGCGGGGAACGCCACGUACCCUAGCGCGCCUCGCCACACAAUCGCACCCCGGAACUGGGGAGUCGGAGCCUGGCAGGAGACCCCAGGCCCUGGAACUUACACGGUGCCCUCCCUCCUGGGCCCGCGCGUGGUCGGCAAGGUCUCGGCGCCCACCUACUCCAUCUACGGCCGCAGCGCGGUGGGCAGCUGCUUCGAGGACCUCAGCAAGAGCCCGGGGCCCUGCGCCUACCACGUGGUGAACCCUGGGGUCUACAAGACCCGCGCCCCCCAGUUCACAAUGCUGGCGCGGACUUCGCCCCCCCGGGACAGCACGCUCAAGCCGGGGCCCGCGGCCUACAACGUGAACCAGCACCGGAAGCCUGGCGGCUGGAGCUUCGGGAUCCGGCACUCAGACUACCUGGCCCGGAUGGUGACGCAAGAGGACAAGUGACCGGGAGGGCGGAAGGGCAGA